AUGCCCUUCAUACAUUUGGCUGCAGCGUAUUCUUGUUCCAACACGCGAAUCGAAGACUGCUACAUCGUUUCCGGUGACGAUUGCAUCGCCAUCAAAAGCGGAUGGGACGAAUACGGUAUCAAAGUNCUUGGAAUGCCGACCGAGGACCUUGUCAUUCGCCACCUCACUUGCAUCUCACCAGAUUCUGCAAGUAUCGCCCUUGGUAGCGAAAUGUCCGGCGGAAUCCGCAACGUCAGGAUUGAAAAUGUCACUGCAAUCAACACAGAGUCUGCUGUCAGAAUCAAAACCGCUCGCGGACGAGGCGGCUUCGUCAAGGACAUUUUCGUUCGAAGAAUGUUUCUAUCCACAAUGAAAUACGUCUUUUGGAUUGCUGGAGACUACAAAGAUCAUGCGGAUGAUAAGUUCGAUCCCUCGGCAUUGCCAGAGAUUAAGAACAUUAAUUACAGAGACGUGGUGGCCAAGAAUGUUACAAUGUCGGCAAAUUUGGCGGGAAUUUCGGGAGAUCCUUUCACGGAUAUAUGUGUUUCGAAUGUGAAGAUUGGUUUGUCGAAGAAUCCUAAAAAGUUACAGUGGAACUGUACGGAAAUUGAGGGAUUUAGUAGCGAUGUGGAUCCGCCGCCAUGUGCUUCGCUGGUUAAGGCCGCCAAAAGCGGUGGAUGUGACUUUCCUAAGGAUCAGCUGCCAAUCGAGAAUGUUCAAUUGAAGUCAUGCUCAGUUGAAAUUCCUGCCUUCUCGUAA